GGGUACUGCCCGGCGGCGGCGGCGGCGGCGGGGGGCGGGUCCGCCCGUGCCGCCCGCUGGCAGCCUGCCGCCCAGAGCCGCCCGGAGCCGCCACGUGCUGCGCCAGUCCACCUGGGGGCGCUGGGUGCCGCCGGCCGCGCUCCAUCAGUGUGCGUGAGCGGCCGCCCGCGGCUGUGGCCGUCCCGUCCGAGCCCGAGCUCUCCGAGCCAGCCCUCCUACCGGAGCUGCCGCAGCUCCCCGAGCUUCAGCCGCGCGCCAGCCGCCGACCGGGACGCGUCAUGAAGGGACGCAAAGCCGGCGCCAGGGGACCGCCGUCACCGGGAGGGAGUGACGACUGCAGCGACUCGAAACGGCGCCGCGGCAACCUGCCCAAGGACUCCAUCAAGGUGCUCAAGGGGUGGCUCUUCGAACACCGCUACAACGCCUAUCCGAAUGAUGAUCAGAAAGCUGAACUGGCCAUGCAGGCCAACCUCACCGUCCUGCAGGUAUGCAACUGGUUCAUCAACGCCCGUCGCCGGAUCCUCCCUGAGCUGAUCAGACAGGAGGGUAACGACCCGGACCGCUUCACCAUCAACCGCAAGAGCAGGCGGCCGAAGGAGCCGGAGCCGUCCCCUCCAGAGGCGCCGCCAGCCGAGUCGGCUCCCUCGACCGGCACCUGGAGCCGGGGCUGGACGGAGCCGGCGCCCGGUCACCGGUUCCUGCCGCCCAUCUCCCAGAUCUCCGGUGCCCAGGACCCGCCCGCUCCGCCUGUACCGCCCCCGGCGCCGCUGCCACCGCCGCCUCUGGUCUGCUCGUCGAUUACGUCGUCCAUGCCGUCAUCCAUGCCGUCCACGAUGGCGUUGUCAAUGUCAUCAAUGACAUCGUCGAUGUCAUCUUCAAUGGCGUCCUCAAUGUCGUCAUCAAUGUCGUCGAUGCCUCUGCCGUCGUUCAGCGCGUACCAGGCGGCGGCAGCGGCGGCGGCAGCCGAGUCGUGCGCUCUGCCGGCGCCGUACCCCUCCGUGUCGUACCCGCCGUACACGGGCUACCUGGACCCGCUGCAGUUUCCGGCCGCUCAGGUGACGCCACCGCCGACCCCGCCGCCUCUGCAGCUGCCGCAGCAGCCGCAGCAGCUGUCGCAGCCGCCGCAACAGCUGUCGCAGCCGCCGCAGCUGCCGCAGCUCGGCCGGAGGGACAGCUUCGACGGGCUGCAGCUUCUGAUGGACGCCGCGGCGCUACAGGGCGAUGGUACGGCCGAGGAGAAAACCUACCUCAGCUUGUGAUAGCAGCGCGCGCCGCGCGCCAGCAGUCGGUGAUAGCGUGUGGUGUGAGUGUGCGAGGCGUCCCUGGAGGGAGCGCGGCGCCGCCAGCGCCCCUAGUGGCAGCCAGAAGAAGCUUUAGUUUGGAGAAGGAACACUGGUUGUUUGAGGAGCAAUGAGUGCCGAAAUGUGGAGUGAACGUUGAGAGGGGUGUUGCUGGGACAUUGCUCAUUGAAUCUGAACGAACAGUUCGAUUCGGUAUUAGUGAUUGAGGGUGUUUGUGAAACAUAUUGAGCUUCAGUCAUGAAUUGUUUGGAGGAUUCUAUCCAAUGGCGCUCGGUGCCCUAUUAGUUAUUUUGAUGUAACCAGCACACGUUGAGGAGAGGGAUAACGAUUGUAUUUGACGCUGCGUAGGGCUGUAUUUGAGAGCCAAAUACCGUGGCACUUUCGCAAAAUAUGUGUGAUUGAGCUAGCUCACUUGCCUACAAUAUCUAAAUGAUUUUCUACAGAUACAUGUCUGGCUAAAAAGAUCGUUACGAGGACUAGAGGUACAGGUUUACGCGAUAACUGUAUGUUUUGAUAUGUAUGAUUAACGGAUGCAUUAGUUUGGGUAUAGAAACUUGCAUUUUUAUUGGUAUUAUUUGUGAAGAACUGGGUAACUGCUUUUAAUUGAACUGUAAAGUAUGAUGGUGAUGCAUGCGAGUUGUUCGAGCCCUUUGUAAGUUAGGAUGUUACUCAAUUCAACCCUACCCUACCCUAUACCCUACCAUACCCUACCCUACCCUACCAUACCCUACCCUACCCUACCCUACCAUACCCUACCCUACCCCUACCCUACCCUACCCUUACACUACCCUACCAUACCCUACCCUACCCUACCUUACCUUACCCUACCCUACCCCUACACUACCCUAACCUACCCUACCCUACCCUACCCCUACCCUACCCUACCCUACCCUACCCUACCCUACCCUACCCUACACUACCCUACCCUACCCCUACACUACCCUACCCUACCCCUACACUACCCUACCCUACCCUACCCUACCCUACCCCUACCCUACCCUACCCUACCCUACCCUACCCUACCCUACCCUACCCUACCCUGCCCUACCCUACCCUACACUACCCUACCCCUAUGUACACUACCCUACCCUAUACCCCUACCCUACCCUACCCUUACACUACCCUACCCUACCCUACCCUACCCCUACCCUACCCCUACCCUACCCCUACCCUACCCCUACCCUACACUACACUACCCUACACUACCACCGACAGUCCAAGUUUCAGCUAAAUCGGCCCAGAAACGGCUGAGAUAUUGCAAAAACUUAUUGUAUUUACUGGCGAAUCCCCUUGGCGAGCGGUGCCUUGUGUCGGCCUUCGUUGUCUGAUUAUUUUCACUCAGGUUUUUAAGCGAACAACUGAGCCUAAAGCACGAGCGUUUUGCUCGGCGCCGACCGCGGCCCCACCACGUGCACACCGCUGAACCCACACCGUCGAAAAUUUAAUACGACAAAUGAGUGCACGCGAUCGACUUGGCGUGAAAAUUUCACCCCCGUAGCCCUUACCGUUCCCGAGCAAUAGCCUGUUUUUGCCGAUUCUAAUGCUAACCCUAUGGCGCACAUGAGCACGCGCCACGGGCGCACCCCCGGCCGGAUCGUGCCCAAAAUUUAAUACGAUCUGUUGAAUGACGUGACCCACGAGUCGUGAAAAUUUCACCCUCCUGCAUGAAUCGACGGCGCCGCAAUAAGCCUUUUUGGGAGUAACCGGCGGCGGACUUUUUAGGAUUUAUAAAUAGUAGAUGAGCUGCCGUAUGUGACUGCUUGCCUCGGAUAUCUAAAGGAUUUAAUAUCAGCAACGCGUUCGUUAUAUACAACUAAGCCUCCAGGAGCCACAAGAAUUUGGUGUCAACAGCGUAUAAUCGACAAAGCGUAACAGAACAAUAACACUGGUAUGUUUUUGAUAGACAUUUAGUAUGUAGAUUUAGGCGACUUGACUGAGGGGUAACAAUAUGCCAGCGCCGGGCUCAGCUGCAAUGUGCCUUAUUGCACCUCACCCGUGUUCAAUGUUACCAGCGCGGCGUUACCAUGGUUACCCGUGGCCGUGAGACGCGGUAGCUGCGCCGUUGCAGACCGAGUGACAUGUUCCUUGAUAAGCGCGCAUGGCGAUAGCCUGGACCCAUAAACGUAGUUCAAAGCGGAGCGGUCCGCGUGUAGCGGGUGUCCGUUCCCCUGGUGUUGCUCAAUUAGUUAGGAUAGCUACGGGUGUGCAUUAGUUCAGCAUUCCAGACCGUGUGACAGGAAAAUAUACAAGUCCAGAAUGCGACGCUUGUUGACGU